AUGCUGAGAAAUACAGAACCUGUUAAGAUAGAUGUUCAAAACCAAGAACAUUCAACGAAUGAAACUCGGACUAAAAAUGAGUCAAAGAUCGAAGAAGUCCAAGUUGAAGAGGAAGAAAAGGAUUUCUUAGAUUGGAAUGGUUAUGAUGCUUUCUGCCUUUUCGUUUUAGUCAUGGCAGGCAUUUUCUCGAGAUUCUGGAUUAUCCAAUAUCCUCGUCAUUUCACACUAAAUGAAGAAAGACAAGUUACUUACAUAAAUUCAUACCUUAAUGGAUCAUUCUUUAUGCCUUCUCAGCCACCAAUGAGCGAAAUUAUGCUUGCUGGAAUUUCAUCAUUCUCUCAAUACAAGCAAGUUUACAAACCACCAUAUUCAGAACCCAAUUUUACUUUCCCAACAAUGGAAUACGUUGCUCUUCGUAGUCCAUCAGCAUUCUUCUCAGCAACAGUUAUUCCUCUUUCAUUUUUCAUUGUCAGAUUAUUAGGAGGAAGUACAAUUUCUUCAUUCGCCGCUGGUUUAUUCACAAUGUUCGAUUUCACAUUAAUUGGCCUUGCUAGAAACAUUUCUACAGAUGGAUUCAUCCAGUUGUUUGUUGCUUUGGCCAUUUUUGCUACAGCUUUUAUGAGACAUUUCGAAUAUCAGUCAACUUCUUAUCAAAUCUGCUACAUUGCACAGACAGUCUUUGUUGGAUUAUCAUUAGCAUCAGAUUGGAAUUGCAUUGCCAUUCUAAUUUUCGUUUGUUUCUUCAAUUAUUUCACAUUUAAGAAAUUAUCUCCAAUUUUUACUACAACCUUCUUUGCUUUAAUUAUAUUGUAUUUGUCAUUCAUAACACAUGUCAUUUUGCUUCCUCGCGAGUCUUCACAGUCAAUUGGCUUAUCUUUGAAAUAUCAACAGUCUCUUUCUGCUCACGACGCUCCUCUCCACAUCAACCACUUGCAAGUACCUCUUUUCGCACUCGAAAUUAUUCAUAAAUCCUUCAGACUCCACUUAAGAAGAUCUAAUUUCGUCAACUUCCUUUCCUGGCCAAUUAUGGCUUGUCCGUGGAAAGUAUUAUGGACACAGCUUGGCAGAACUGUUGCAAUUUUCGGAAAUGUCCCUGUUUGGUGGUCAAUUUCCGUAUUAGCUUUGAUUCAAGUUCUAAAUAUGCUUUUCGCAAUGCGUAUCAGGAAACAGUCAUCCCUCAUGUACUGCGGCUUCUUUAUUUCAUUGUGUGUAUUCAUUUUCAAGACAUCAGAGAGAGGACUCCCAGAUUUCGAGGUUCCCCUGUUAUUCGGUAUUUGUGGUCUUGCUCUCUCCCUCGAUUCUGAGUUUUCGGAACAGGUAUCGGGUUUCUUAACCGCAUUCCUGAUUGCAUCUUCCGCCUUUGUCUUCAUCCUCUGGGCACCACUUGUUUAUGGAUAUGAGAACUUUAAUAAGCGCUUCACGCCUUACUUUGCGAAAUAA